CACGCUCCCCCAAGCCUGCAGGGCUAACCCCACCCCUUGGUGAAAAUGGACGGUGUUGAGCCAGGCAAGGUCCACGUGGCUUGCUGAUGUCAAACUGCAGUAGUCUCCGGUGCCUUUUGAGUUGAGGAUUAACAAUCCUGAACGUUUCUCUGGUUUGCUUCAAGCUUUUUCCCUAGGGAGAAAAGUGCCUUUAAGCAUGUGCAGAGUGCUAUCGCUCUAACGCUAAGGUUCGGCUGCACACCUAAUCCCACAAUUCUGGGAAUAACCUCAAUUGAACCCAGUGGAAUUUACCCCUGAGUAGGCAUGAUUAGCAUUACAGCUUAAAUUACCGUUACCAAUAGCCUCUUCUAAUAAGUCUUCGUCUCUAUAGGGAGGGGGUCGGUGCUGAAGUACGCUUCCUCCUAAAUCAAACUUCCUACGCAGACGUGGAAUAUAUGGAGUGCGGGGCGGGGGCAGAAACAGCCUCGAUGACAUUGCUGUCGUCUGGUCUCGUCUCCCCAUCCUUGCAUGUUUUGUGCAGCGUCAUCUUGGCUGACGAAGAGUUCUGAAGAACUCGAAAGCCUGCAAACAUUUUGUCGGCCAUUAUUAAGAUAUUGCUCAGCUAUGGGUUUAUUUAUUCAUUCAUGUAUUGGUUUAUCUGGUCGAUAAAGCGCGGCUGCCUUUCCUUUUCGUGUGCUUUGGAGGAGUGUAGAGCCCACCCCUGGGGCUUACUUGGAGGCGACACGCAUGGCCAACGGCUUGCCUAUCUCUUCCGAAACAACUUAUGCAACCCUUUCCUGCUUUUGUCCGAGCAGCGCGCCCUUGAACUGACGUGGGGGGAAGGAGUAGAAAAACUUUGCAGAAGGGGCUGGGUUUUAGUUCAAUAGAUGGAGGAGGCAGGUUAGGAGGGCCGCAGGACUACAACUCCCAAGAGGCCCUGUGCCCCGUGAGGUCAUCGGUUCGCGACAAAGGAGAGCCAAGGAGAAUAGCGGGAGGUUUUCAAUGCAAAAGGAGUUCGCGGGAAUGGAGGAGAAGCUCGAGAAGGUAAGCGAGGCUGGAGCAAUUGCUGUCGUCUUUGUAUUGCGGAGAGGUUGCUUUGUGGUUGAAAAAGACGUUUGGGGAUCAACCCAUCCCCCCAUACGAAGCAGAUACACGAACUGUGGAUAUUUUGUACGAACUCGCAGAAUGCAAUGAGUCCAGAGAUGGGGAUGUCUGUCUUUUAAUUGAUGACAUGAAGCAGAAAGCAGUAGAGUAUGACUCUAAUGGCACCUAUCUACAGGAUCUUCUGACCGAGAGUCUGAAUCUUUCUUUCAGUAGCAUGUCUAAGGGCAGCACCAGAUAUCUGAACACUUUAGUGGAUGCAGCUUUAGCUCUUGAAACUAAAGACACUUCCCUUGCAAGCUUCAUUCCUGCCAUCAAUGACUUGACUUCAGAGCUGGAUGCCACAGAGUCCAAAAACAAAGAGAUGGAAGUUGAAUUGAGCACCCUGAGGAGAAAACUCACAUCAGCGCUAGUGCUGGAAAAACGGCUUCAAGAUGACCUUAAGAAAACUGAAGAACUUCUGGUAAUGGAAAAAGCAAAAGCUGAUAGCCGAACCCAGAAUAUGAAGUUCCUGAAGGACAAAUCUGAGGAUUUCAAAUUCAGAAUCAAGGCAGCGGAGGAACAACUUUCUGCAAGUGGGAUGGAUGCUUCCUUGACUCAUGAGUCUCUAGUUAAUCUUUCAGAGAAACUAGCAGAAUUAAAGAAGCAGGCAGCGCCUUUGAAGAAGAAACUUGAGUCGUAUCUGGACCUUACACCUAGUCCUUCUCUUGCACGAGUGAAGAUUGAAGAAGCAAAGAGGGAACUGGAAGCUUUUGAGGCCGAGUUUUCAGCAAAGGUGGACAUGACAGCACUUUCAGUACCUUUAUCUACUAAACAUCAAUUUUCCUAAUGACCCUGGUGUAGAGAGAAAAGGACACUUGUUAUUUAUUGUAAACUUUGUGGCUGUUGGUAUGUCUGGCUUAUCUUCACAUGAUGUUUUCCUGUGUCCUUCACCUUCAUUUCUCCACCUUUUUUUAAAAAAAUGUACAACUUUAUAUUUUGUACAUAUUUCUGUCCCCCCCCCAUGAACAUGAACAAUAAAACAAUCUUUCUGAA